CCCACAUUGCCGAGAGAGUCUUGAAAGACAACAUGUCAGUGAGCAAAGACGCCGGCAACGACGACGAGGCUCCACCCUCAUACGGCGAGGCCUCUCGCUUCGGUCAACUCGGCCACUCUGACAUCACGCUCACGACUGCGGCCUCUGACGCCCACGAGCGCCUUGCGCGAGUGAUCGACGAGGCGCGCAGCAAGCCAAAACCUGUUGAACCUGCCUCGGUCGCGGUCUCCAUCGGCAACGUGGCAGACGCACGGACCGCAGCCGCAGUGCCGGCUGUGCCGUUGCAGGCGCAUAUCCACGAGCGCCGCAGUCGCAACAGAGCCUCCGCUUGCUGCACUCUCUUCGUCCUCAUGGCCAGUGCCGCCUGCGGAGUUUGCCUCUGGUAUGGCUUUCGAGUGCCACCGGAGCCGUCUGGGGCUCCGUCCGCACCGCCACCGAGCCCAGCACCCUCGCCGCCCUCGCCACCGUCACCGCCGUCACCACCGGCAUUGCCACCCCUGGACGUGGGCCGCCUUUCCUGUGACUCUGAGGUGUCGGGCAGCACUGUCGGGGAGCCGAGCUUGGGCGGCGAGCCCGCCGGCGACGCCUCCUUUCUCUUCUGCGUGACGAUCCCUGGCCGCUUCACCUUUGACUCGAAUUUUGACAAUUAACCAAUGACAAUCGAUGGGCUUGCCAACGAAAAUUGAUGGGCUUGCCCAUCCCGGAGUGGUUCGACCCCACAUAAAUCCGAGACGGUGACGGGAAGCGUCGAGUGAUCUCAGGCCCAGUGAGGCAGUGCACAGGCUAACCCGGAUCCUGCUGAACAAGCUCCUCUUGUAGCUCGAUCGGUCACACCGCCAUCGCCGUCGGGGAGAGGGGGGACGACACUGCUUCGGCAGC